AUGUUUCUCUUCAACUAUCUCGCUGCCACCUUGGUGGCAUUCGUCGCUAUUCAUGUCUCCGGAUCGAUGGCGAUGAGCCAGCCUGAAGUCGACAAUACCGUCGCUACCGUCACGGCAAGCCAGGCCGCUCCCACUUUCGAUCUCGUCGUCAUGUUCAAGCAGGACUCUGCAGUUGGCGAGUUCGGAGCACUCAAUGCUCUUUUCGGACUCCCAAUCACCAUCACUUCGACCAGCAACAUUCCUGUGCCAACUAAGCCACCCGCCUCUCAGGACUCGAACUAUCAGGAUCCUCGCAACGUCCCUAGCCCUCCGCGGCGACACCACAAUCCGUUCACCGAACAGUUAGGCAACGGACAGCCGGCUAUGAUGGAAGACAUGAUCGCCCAGUACAACCGACAGAAUCCUGCUAACCAGAUCCCCCCGUACGUGUUUUGUACGUCUCUGCAUGGCCGACCUCGCGUGUACACACGCCGUGAGAUCUGGCUGGCUAUUCAAGCUGGAGUUCACGAUAUGGGCUUCGAUGUGCGAACUGAUGACCGAUCACUUGGUGCGUCUUGGCCGCGCCGCUUGGGUUUCCAAAGACCUAUCAACUCCGGCGAUAUUGUCGGACGAAUGAUGGAGUACCCUCUUGGUGCUGAUGAGUAUGAGUUACCUUUGACCCAACCCGUCGACGAAGCCACGCUGAUGAUGGACCGCGUGACCUUCCUCUACGACGGCACCUACACAGGCGUAAUCCGAUACACCAACGCCACCCAAUGGCACAACUGCUACCCCCACGGCUGGCACACAUUCCAGCGCGGCCGAAACGCCACCCGAAGCCUCGUUCAGCGGGGCAUGGGCGCCGUCCGAGGCGCCUGGGAUCGCUGGCUCGGCUAUCAGCAUGGCGGUUACGAGCGCUUGGAUGACGAGCGGAACGAGCAGCAGCAGCAACAACGUGGACGGAAUGUACAGAACAGAGACCCCAAUUGUCCGCCUGGAUGGAUCUAG